AUUUUGAGUGAACAUGAGUUUAUUAUAUAAAAUGAGUCUGGACGUCGGUGGCUCAGUUCGUCUACAACUUGGGUCGACUCAGGACGUGAUUUCAAAAAAAACGAACAUGAUUUGGAAGACUAUAUUAGUCGCCUUUUUGGCUGUUGGUGUUUUAGCCGAAUACAAGGUCAGCGAUGAACAACGAGAGCAUGUUAAAGAAAUGAUAAAAAAUGUUUGCAAAAAAAACAACGCUGAGGACAAAGUUGACGAAGUCGUUAACAAAAUUAAACAGUUCGUCGAUUGUUUGAUGGGUCUGUUUGAUUUCAAUACUGUUAGGCAAGAAAUAGAGGCAGCUAAGCCCAAAGGAGCUCUUGACGAGGUGUUCAAAAAAUACUGCGAGAAGUCGCCUCAACUCAAGACGUGUAUCCACGACGUGACCGCGGCCGUUUCGCCGUGUUUGGAUCAGAGCCAGCGGGAGAGGAUUCCUUAUGCUGACUCAGCCACCGACCAGCUCAUAGACUUCGUCUGCUAUAAGGAUGGUGAUAGGAUAGCGAUGUUCAUCGCUGAAGGCGGUCCCGAAUGUUUUAGAGACAAAGCAUCCGCCAUUGAGUCAUGCACCACAGGCAUCAAGAGUAUUUUGAGCAACUUUGACGAAGCCAAAAAACUCAAACUGGCCGAUCAAUGCAAGAAGGUGGACGAGCUAACGUCAUGCGUAGUGAAAGCAUUAGAGGAAUGCGACACACCCACACCAGGGAACAUGGCAGAGUCGCUAUUCAGAUACAUAAGGAAAGACUCGCCUUGCAAGAAUAUCUAAGAACGAUGUCUGAAGAUCUCGGAAAAUUACGCAAGUACCAUUACAAAAUGUAACAUUAGUUGGUAAUAAAAUAUUUCUUCAUA